AUGGAAAAGGACAAAAAGAUAUCUUUUCUGGAAAAACGAGUAGACGACCUGGAGCAGUACUCCAGGGUAAAUGAUCUGAUCAUCAGCGGUCUAAAAACCAGGCACCGGUCCUACGCAGGGGUGGUGGCUGCAGCCGAUGACACCACCGCCGGGGUUGGAGCCGACGCAACCGAGGCCGAAAGGGAGUCACUUGAGAAACAAGAUGUGAAGUUUUUGGACAGUAAGGGUAUCUCGAUCAACAGCAAUGAUGUUGUCAACAAUGCGGAGGACCUAGAGGAACACAACCUGCUACAUCCCUCCAAGAAGCUACUGCUGGCGUGCCAUCAAUGUGUGUGUCUCAGGUUAGCUUGUGGGCCACAGCUGCACCCCGACUUCAGCCCCAGCUCCAGCUGUAGUCCCAGUCCGAGCCCUUGCCUGAAUCGGUCCCUUCAUUCACCAAGGUUUUACCGCUCUGCCGGCCGGAGAACGUCAGCGUGUGCCCUGCUGACUGGAGCUCUGCUGGAGGCCACAGCCGCUCUCGGAGCCCGCUCUGCCUCGCCGUGUCCCGUGCCCCCGGCCUCCUCCAGCCACGCCAUGCUAAAAGAGCGUCAGCUGGCUAACAGCAUGCCUGGCAGCAGCUCCCUGCCUCCCAGCAUCAGUGGGAUCAGCAAGGAGCUGGCGGAGCUGCGCCACCUCGUUCAGUUCCCUGAGGAGAUCGCCUACAUCCUCACAGAGCAGGAACAGCAGCUUUACCAACAGAUCUUUCCUCUGGACUACCUCUGUUUUCUCACCCGUGACCUCGGCAGCCCAGAGUGUCAAACAAAACGCCACACAAACCUCAAGGCGUCUCUGUCCGCACCUGCCAUGCCUACCCAGAAGGCACGGAGUAACGCUGUGGAGGACCUGGUGGCACGCUUCAAUGAGGUGAGUUCGUGGGUCACGUGGUUGGUCCUGACGGCAAGCUCCAUGGAUGAGAAGAGAGAGGUGUUCUCCUACCUGGUCCAUGUGGCUAAAUGCUGUUGGAACAUGGGGAAUUAUAACGCUGUCAUGGAGUUCCUGGCUGGUCUCAGAUCCCGUAAGGUGCUGAAGAUGUGGCAGUUCAUGGACCAGUCAGACAUCGAGACGAUGAGAAGACUGAAGGAUGCCAUGGCUCAGCACGAGUCUUCUGCAGAGUACAAGAAGGUGGUCACCAGAGCGCUCAAUAUCCCAGGAUGCAAGGUGGUGCCAUUCUGUGGGGUCUUCCUGAAGGAGCUGAGUGAUGCACUCGAUGGGACAGCCAGCAUUAUUAGCCUCAAACCACCUCUAGACGGUACAGAUGACUCAUUAGAGUUUGUGUCGGACUAUAGCGGGCAGCAUAACUUUCUGUCUCGCUGUGGUUCAGAUGGCCUCCACGUCCCAGAGAAGGAAGCCACGGUCAGCAACAUCUUACAGAUCAUCAGGUCAUGUAAUCGUAGUCUUGAGGCGGAGGACCCUGAUGAGCCGUCCACCAGCCCCUCCUACACCGGACCUUCACCGACCUCCAGGAACAACUCCUUCAGGAACCGCAGCCGCAAUCAGUUCACCGUGGGUGACUUGUCAGACUCGGAGGGCGACUUGUCGGCCGAAACCAUGGUGAAGGACGGGGAGUUUCAGGGUACGGAGGAGACCCACCGGGCCUUUGGCCACGGCACAGAGCUCAUCCCCUGGUACGUGUUGUCGCUGCAGCCAGACGUGCACCAGUUUCUGCUGCAGGGGGCUACAGUCAUCCACUAUGACCAGGACAGCCACCUCACAGCCCGCUGCCUCCUGCGGCUGCAGCCGGACAACACCACCAUCACCUGGGGUAAGCCUCACUGUGGAGGAGCCUCCCCUGCAGAACCUCCAGCGGGUGUAGGACAGUCCGUAGUUGCAGGCCUGACAGAGGGCCUGCUGGAUCUGGGAGUGGUGAAGGCAGUGUUUCUGGGCCACCAUGGAGUGGACGUCCAUGCCGUGUGUUUGCAGAACAAACUGAGCCAGAUGAUGGCGGAAGAGAACUGUCUCACCCUUCUCUAUGGACUUGGCACCACAGAUAACAGGCUGCUGCACUUUGUGGCACCAAACCACACAACCCAGGUGCUCUACAAAGGCCUGUCUGAGCUGGUCAGUGCCACGCGGAAACUGAAGAGGUUCCCUGACCAGAGGCUGCAGUGGCUGAGGAGGCAGUACGUCAGCCUGUAUCAGGAGGAUUCCAGGUACGAGGGCCCCACCCUUGCCCAGGCCAUUGAGCUGUUUGGUGGACGGCGGUGGAACGUGGGCAGCGAAAAAGCCGGUGCCCAGAAAAACAGCCCAUUGGGCAUCAAUGAGAAAACCAAGAAGAAGAAGAAGGUCCUCGUCAGGGGAGACAGUGGAGAUGCCACGGAUGACGAAAUGGUUUCCAGAAAAACACGGAGCUGUAAGGAGGGACUGGGACGGAACGGGCUGGAGCUCUCUGACAGCAUCGACCAGGAAGACCCAGAGGAAAGUUUCCCUGGACCCUUUUCCCUCUCGGCCAAUAGGAUCCCUGGAACACCCGCCCCAUCCUCUUCCUCUUCUUCCUCUUCCUCGUCCACUAGUAUGGCGGGCUGCAACCCGUCACGGACACAAUCCUCUCCCAUCCUAUCAGGAAGUUCCAAGACGCCACCAAGUGCAUGGAGCAGCAGGUCGUGGCACGGCCGAGGGAAAGGCUGUUUCAAAGGCUUCCAAAACCUCAUGAUCUCUGACACCACCAUCAACUUCAUUGAGUUUGUGGAGUUGUUCAAGUCAUUCAGUAUCCGCAGUAGGAAGGAUGUCAAAGAGUUGUUUGAUACCUUUGCCGUCCCCUGCAGCCGCUCUGGUCCAGAUUCAGCACCUCUUUACACCAACCUGAGGAUAGACGACAAAGACACUGGACUCCAACCAGACCUCGACCUGUUAACACGCAACGGCUCCGACCUCGGCCUGUUCAUCCGGACCAGGCAGCAGAUGUCCGAUAACCAGAAGCAAAUUUCGGACGCUAUCGCAGCAGCCAGCAUCGUGACCAACGGGACGGGGGUGGAGAACGCCUCGCUUGGCGUUCUGGGACUGGCAAUCCCUCAGUUGAACGACUUCCUGGUCAACUGUCAGAGAGAACACUUGAGUUAUGACGAGAUUCUCAGCAUCAUCCAGAAAUUUGAGCCCUCAUCAAGCAUGCGCCAAAUGGGCUGGAUGUCAUUUGAAGGUUUUGCCAGAUACCUGAUGGACAAGGAGAACUUUGCGUCUCGUAAUGAGGAGUCUCAGGUAGAUCCAGAACAGCUGCAGUACCCUUUGUCUUACUACUACAUUGAGUCCUCUCACAACACCUACCUGACCGGACACCAGCUCAAGGGGGAGUCAUCUGUGGAGCUGUACAGUCAGGUGCUCCUUCAAGGUUGCAGGAGUGUGGAAUUGGACUGUUGGGAUGGUGACGAUGGCAUGCCAGUGAUUUACCACGGACACACUCUCACCACCAAGAUACCCUUCAAGGAUGUGGUGGAGGCAAUCCAUCGCUCUGCGUUUGUCAAUUCUGACAUGCCCGUCGUCUUGUCCAUAGAGAACCAUUGCUCCCUGCCUCAGCAACGCAAGAUGGCCGAGAUCUUCAAGACGGUGUUUGGGGCACGUCUGGUGACGCGCUUCCUCUUCGAGAGUGACUUCAGUGAUGACCCUCUUCUGCCGUCCCCGAUGCAGCUGCGGGGCAGGAUCCUCCUCAAGAACAAGAAGCUCAAAGCCCACCAGGCCCCCGUGGACAUACUCAAACAGAAGGCUCACCAGCUUGCCCACAUGCAGGCCCAGGCUAGUAACGGCUCACCUGGGGUUGCCUCACCCGGAAGUCAUACCAACGAGGAAGAGGAGGAGGAAGAAGAUGAGUAUGACUACGACUACGAGUCUCUGUCAGACGAUAACAUCCUGGACGACAAGCCAGAGGGGAAGAGUUCAGCCGACAAGGAGGAGCAGCCUGUUGAUGAGAUGCCUAAGAGGAUGAAGAAAGUCGACAUUACCACGCAGAGCAAAGGAAAGGUUUUUGACAUGGAGCUGGGUGAGGAGUUCUACCUCCCUCAGAACAAGAAGGAGAGUCGACAGAUCGCCCAGGAGCUGUCAGACCUGAUCAUCUACUGCCAGGCCGUCAAGUUCCCCGGCUUGUCCACGCUGUCUCCAGCAGGCUCGGGCAGGGGAAAGGACCGUGGAAAGAGCAGGAAGUCCAUAUUUGGCACUGCUCCCACCAGAAGUAGUGCACCAGGAGAGACUGUGACCCAGAGCCGCACCCCUGGGAAGGGUGGCGCUGAGGGUCUACGACUGAGCUGGGAGGAGCAGCAGACAUCUCCUGUCCUCAACGCCCCCACCUCUCUCAGUGCCAUCAUCCGCACACCCAAGUGCUACCACAUCUCCUCUGUCAAUGAGAACGCCGCCAAGCGUCUGUGUCGGCGCUACUCUCAGAAGCUGAUCCAGCACACCGUGUGCCAGCUGCUGAGGACAUACCCGGCUGCCACCAGGAUCGACUCGGCGAACCCCAACCCGCUGCCGUUCUGGCUGCAUGGCAUUCAACUGGUGGCCCUCAACUACCAGACUGAUGACCUGCCCAUGCACUUAAACACAGCAUUGUUUGAGGCCAAUGGCGGCUGUGGCUAUGUGCUGAAGCCGGCGGUGCUGUGGGACCGUGGCUGUCCGCUCCAGCAGCAGUUCUGUCCUCUGGAGCGGGACGUGGAAAACAUGAGCCCCGCUGUCUAUUCCCUCACGAUCGUUUCUGGUCAGAAUGUCUGCCCGAGCAACAGUGCCGGAAGCCCGUGCAUUGAGGUGGACGUCCUGGGCAUGCCUGUCGACAACUGCCACUUUCGCACCAAGCCGAUCCACCGCAACACGCUCAACCCCAUGUGGAGCGAGCACUUCCAGUUCUCCGUGUACUUUGAGGAGAUGUGCUUCCUACGGAUCGCCGUGGUGGAGAACAAUAGUUCCCAGACCACUGCGCAGAGGACCCUUCCCCUGAAGGCCCUCAAACCAGGUUACAGACACAUCCAGUUGAGGACACAGCACAACGAGCCACUAGAGGUCUCCAGCCUGUUCAUCUACAGCCGCAGGACAGAGGAGGGCCCCACAGGGGGCACUAUUCCCUCAUCUAUGCUGUUCGGUUCAGAGGAGAAGCGAGCCUCCCAGCAGCACAGAGUGACGGUGCAUGGAGCUCCAGGACCAGAGCCCUUCUCCGUGGUCUGUGUCAGCGAGCAGACCACCGCUAAACAGCUACUGGACACGAUUCUAACAACGGCAGGAAAUCCAUCGGAGUACUUCUUGUGUGAAGAGAAGCUUCCUCUGUUGAAGGAACGCAGUGAGGCGCGGCGCUGCCCUCAGCAGCGCCCCCUAGCUCCCGAGGAGGAGGUCUUCAGGCUCGUCAACAGCUGGAACGCUGAGGAGGGAUACGUAGGACGGAUAUGCCUGAAAACAAGAGAGGAGAGCUGUAAUGAGAUGAACGCCGUGGUGGAGGGAGAGGAAGAGGUCACCGUGGGAGGCCGAGACGGAGGAGGAGAGGAGGAGAUGUUCUUUGUCCAGGUGCAUGACGUGUCCCCGGAGCAGCCUCACACAGUGAUCAAGGCCCUGCGCUACAGCACCGCUCAGGACAUCAUACAACAGACACUGUCAAAGGCCAAGUAUUCCUACAGCAUCCUGUCCAACCCAAACCCCAGUGACUAUAUUCUGAUGGAGGAAGUGACCAAGGAGGCAGGCUCUAAGAAGUCCUCUGCAGCCAAGCCCCUGCAACGUGUCCUACUGGACCAAGAGUGCGUCUAUCAAGCCCAGAGCCGCUGGAAAGGCGCUGGGAAGUUCAUUCUCAAACUCAAGGAGCAGAUGGUGCGUGAGGACAAGAAGAGAGGCAUUUCGUUUGCCAGCGAGCUGAAGAAGCUGACCAGUCGCAGCCGCAGCGUGUCCGGCGGCGGCGGCGGCAGCCAGUCGCUCACGCUGUGCCACGACGGGCCGGCCCACAGUAAGGAGGAGAAGGCUGCAUGCUGUGUGGCUUUGACAGAAAUCCAGGAGUGAGGCUCUCGCUCUGUCUGCUGUGUGUGCAUGGGAAGGCAACAGAGGGUAUCUGUCCGUGGGUCUGAAGGUGUGGAUGGCAGAGGGUAAAGCAGGGGCAGGGAGGCUCCUCCUGACCUCCUCCGUUGACCGGUCCCCCACCUCCUCUCUCGACCCUCCAGCCUGGAAGAUUCACCUCCUUAGGAACUGGAAGGUCCAUAAAUGAAAUCCAAGAGAGAAAAUCCAUCUUCUGAAUUUGGAGGACCCCCACCCCCCCACCCACCUCCCCCUUUCAGCGAUGAGCGAGGUGUUGCAGAAUGAGUUCAAUGUAUAUUGAAAUUCUAAGAACACUCCUUUCUCACUCUUGGAGGACUCUUAUCCUGCCUCCCAUUGGUUGUUUAGGUGAUGGACAGGAUUAAGCUUAA